AUGGUCUCCCAACGAGACCAAGAACUAUUCCGAGAGGACAUUCGCAAUCGCAGACGCCUCAGCGCAUCAGAACGCGAGUCUCUCCUAAAACCAUACCUCCCCGAUCCCUCCGACCUCCCGCGGCGCAAUAGCAGGAAGGCGUCGACUUCGCGAAAGACACCUGUGCGGACCUUCUUCAAGUCCCAGGUACACCAGCUGACAUAUACGAUUAUUCACAUCUUCUUUGGUAUUGCUGUUCGGUUGAUUCAAACGUAUCAUGCUGUUGUGGAUCGGAUUUUCGCGAUUGUCUACUACCAUCACCGGACGCCGGAGUUGAUCAGGAAGGAUGUGAAGGGGUUGAAGCGGUUACCGGAGCAUUUGAGCGUUAUACUGUCGCUGAGGAAAGAGGAUGAUGCGCUGGCGGUGUUGAUGGACGAAGUAGCCGAGUUGGCUGCUUGGAGCACCGCAUCUGGCAUCCCGACGUUGAGUGUGUAUGAGAAGACUGGAAUCCUCAAAUCUUGCAUCCCAACCCUCUACGAACUCGUCACCAGCAAGCUUUCCUCCUAUUACGGCUCUCCCUGCCAACAACCAAAACUCCAGCUCUUCGCCCCCCACCACCCCGUCUACCAAACCGAAACCCCAACAGGCGCAGACACAGACAAAUCCAACCGCGAAUCCCUAACCCUUCUCCUCCUCUCCUCCACCGACGGCCGCGAAACCUUCGUCGACCUAACCAAGACCCUCGCCGAAAUGUCCCAGAACGGCAAAGUCUCGCCGCAAGACAUCACACCUGAACUCGUCGACGCGGAAAUCAGCGAGAUCACCACGCAUCCCGCGCAGUCGGGUGCUGACGGCGACGGCGAUGGCGACUCUGUCUUCGUGAAGCCCGAGCCUGAUCUGCUUUUGGUGUUUGGACCGUUUUUGAAACUGGAUGGGUACCCGCCGUGGCAUAUUAGACUCACGGAGAUGUAUUGCACCGGUGAUACGAGUAAUGGGUUGACGGGGUAUGGCGAGGCGGUUGAGUAUCAGGGUUUCGUUCAGGGGUUGUGGCAUUUUGCCGGGGCACAGAUGAGAUUUGGACGGUGA